ACAGAACGAGCGAGCGAGCGAGCGGAGAGGCGGCUACAGCCUGAGCGCCGGGCCGGUAGCGGCCGCGCCGGCGAGCGGACUAGCGGGCGGCGAGCAGCGCGGAGCGCGCGGGGCACCGAGGAGCGGGCGCGGCGGGCACCGCGCGAGGCAGCCGGAGCUCUCGGAAAGGCCAGAGCGGCGCCGCCCCCGCUGCCCCUGCGGGGCCCCGGCUGGGAGCCCGACGAGGGAGCGGGCGGCAUGGCCCGGCGGCCCGGGGCGCGGGGGCGCUAGGCCCCCGGAGGGGCGUCCCCAGCCUCGCCGCUGCCGCCGCCGCCCUCCGCAGCCGCGCGCCCCGCCCGCUCCAGCCGCCCCCGGGGCCGCCACCGGCCCAUGAGCCCCGGCCUCAAAGUUUGCGGCGGGCGGGCGGGCGCGGAGCCUCCAAGAUGCCGUUCCACCCGGUGACGGCGGCGUUGAUGUACCGGGGCAUCUACACCGUGCCCAACCUGCUGUCGGAGCAGCGCCCGGUGGACAUCCCGGAGGACGAGCUGGAGGAGAUCCGAGAGGCCUUCAAGGUGUUUGACCGUGACGGCAAUGGCUUCAUCUCCAAGCAGGAGCUGGGCACAGCCAUGCGCUCACUGGGUUACAUGCCCAACGAGGUGGAGCUGGAGGUCAUCAUCCAGCGGCUGGACAUGGAUGGUGAUGGUCAAGUGGACUUUGAGGAGUUUGUGACCCUUCUGGGACCCAAACUCUCCACCUCAGGGAUCCCAGAGAAGUUCCAUGGCACCGACUUUGACACUGUCUUCUGGAAGUGCGACAUGCAGAAGCUGACGGUGGAUGAGCUGAAGCGGCUGCUCUACGACACCUUCUGCGAGCACCUGUCCAUGAAGGACAUAGAGAACAUCAUCAUGACGGAGGAGGAGAGCCACCUGGGCACAGCCGAGGAGUGUCCCGUGGAUGUGGAGACCUGCUCCAACCAGCAGAUCCGCCAGACUUGCGUGCGCAAGAGUCUCAUCUGCGCCUUCGCCAUCGCCUUCAUCAUCAGUGUCAUGCUCAUUGCGGCCAACCAGGUGCUGCGCAGUGGCAUGAAGUAGACGCCACCUGGAUGCCCCAUCCACCGCAUGCGGUGCCCGUGGCCCGCCCCACACCACCGCCGCCUGCAGACCCCUCCCUUGGCCGGCUCCCUGGGCCGCCAUCUGCGUGUACUUCAGGGCCUGGGUAUCCAGCGAGCCCUCCCCACCCACCCACAGUCCUCACCUGGAGCUGUGGCCUGGCUGUGGAGGGCCGGGUGGUGGCUCUGAGGAUGGUCCCCAGCCCCACCCUGUCCCCACCCUGGCCUGUAAGGAGCACUCACUCUUCCUACCAUCCAGGGGCUCCUGGGAAAUUAAGGAGGGAUUUGCACAGGAACCCCCAGGACCCAGUUGCUGCUGUGGUCCCUUGGGCAGGAGCGGGCACCCUGUGCCUUGAGACAGCAGCCUAUCUGGGGCCACACAGCCAACCCAGCCCUGGUCCCUGAGGUCUGCCCAGGGCACAGGGCACAGGCAGGGACAGAAAGCCUCCUCCUGGGGGAGGGUGGGAAGCCAGGGUGUCCUGGGCCUUGCUGCCUGGCAUAGCCUGAGGAGGCCCCUGGUCUUCUCCUUGGGCCCCUUCCUCUGACCCUCGUUGGACCCCCAACCCAGACCCCCUUUUCUCCAUGUACCUGCUGGGCCAGCCCAUUUCACAGGUGAGGAACCCGAGGCUCAGGGGCCCGAGACUUGGCCUCAGUUCUUCCUUCCACAGGGAUUUUCAGGAAAGGCAGAAGGUCGUGGAGGAUGGGCAUCUGAGGUGGCCCUGCAGCCCCCCACCUUCUGGCCCUCCCACCAGAGGCCCAGCUACCAAGGCCACAUUGUCCACCACCCCAGCCUAGAGCCUAGAACUGUAGUCCAGCUGAGGAAGGAGGCAGAGCUGGGGCCUGAAGGCUCUGAGCAGCCUCCGGCCAGGGGGCUCCUCCAGGGCUGAACUUUGGGAGGGCCCCUGUACUACCUCCUGGGCCAAGAAACUGGCACAGCCCCGCACUGUCAGUGCCAAGAGGCUGCGCCAGGCCACUCUCUCAGCCCAGGGCCUGCCCUCUUGUCCUCCCACUUCUCUACGCCCUCAAGGUUGGAGACCCCGCUCCCAUGCCGCAGCUGUGCCAUCCCAAACACUUGGGCAGCAGCUCAGCAUGGGCAGACAUGGGGGCUGUGGAUUCUUCCAGGGCGGGGAUGGCAGAUGGAGCCCUUGGGCUCCUUGGGCCUAGAGCCACUUCUUACCAGGCAACGGGCACAGCCACCCUGGCACACCCUCUGCCUGGCCGUGCUGAACCUCUGCUGGUCCCAAGGGAGAAGGGAGUGAGCGUGGGUCACCUGGGGAAAAUCUCAUCUGAUUCCCUCCUUGCCCGACCUCUGCUAGGGGCUGGAGAACAGAGCUCAGAGCACCCAGCGUAGGGAAACACAGCCAGACCACU